AUGCCAAUAAUUAUACUUCUUUUAUCCUUACUUUAAUUAUCUUAAUAGAUUUCAUUCAUAGGAUAGACUGCUACAGAACGAUAUUUUCCGAAAAUCAUGAAUUGGAUAAAGAAAUAGGACUAAAGAAUUGAUCAAAGAAUUGCUUUUGAGUCUAUAUAGUUGAUGUUUAAAUUUGUGGAAGAAGAACUUGCUUAUGAUACAGAAAACAACGAAUUCCUGGAAUUAUUUUAGCAAUAAAUCUAUAAUCUUAGUCAAUCUAAAGCAGAUUCUGAAUUUCAAAGUUAAUAAGCUAUGAUUAAAUUUUUGAAUGAGGAUCUUAGAAAUGAAGUCUCUUUCUUCAAAAAUAUGAUUAAGGACAAGGAAAAGAUGUUGGAAUAAGAUAUUAAGGAAAUUGAAAAAUUAAAAAAAUAAUCAAAAGACAAGAGUAAAAUAGAACAAAAGCUCAAAGAUAUCAGUUAUCUUAUAAAAGAGAUAGACAGAAACUUAGAAAUUGGAACUGCUGAAAAAUUAUAUGGAUUAUUAGAAGUCAUAGAAUCAAAGGCAGUUAUUGGAUUAUUUCAAUAUUAGAAUGAAUACUAAGAAAUUUAAUAGUAUUUAAGGAAUGUAGAUUUACUCUUCAAAUCAAGAAAUUUCUAAUAAGAUAAAUUUGAAAUUGUCAAUUUAAUAUCUAUGGUGAAAAAUGUCCUUUUAGACUUACACUUAAACAUCAUAAUUAAAUUAUAAGAGGAAUAAUUGGAUGAAUAUGAAGCCAUGUCUUUUUUUGAAAAUAGUAAAGUCACUCAUCAGAUAGCAAGAGAUUACUUUUAGAAUGAAUUGCACUCGUUUUUAGAAACCUUGAUAACGAAAUGGGAAAAUCUUUUGUUGAUUUAAGAAAAUACAACAGAUAAUUCAGAUAUCUUUAAAAAUCUGAUUUAGUAAUUUAAUAAAUAAAAUACUAAAAUGAUUGAAACAAACAAUCACAAAUAAGACUUUUUACAAUAAAUAAACAGACAAUGA